UUUUAACAAAACGCGAAGAACGUAGAAGGAAAAAAGUUGGAAACAAAGUUGCGUUUUAAGCGCGGGGAUGAUGAUUCUAGAAUCCUCUUUCAAAUGUUAAGGAUAAACGAGCAAAAAACGAAAAAGUUUGAGUGUGUGUGCGCGUGAAAGAACCGUUUCAUGCUGGAGGAAGGAACACGGAAAGCAUAAAGUGCGUACGUGAGGGUUGCAGCGAAGCAGUGUACAUUCUGUGUUAUUUUUUUCUCUGUAACCUCAAAAGAAGGCUUUUAUGAAUCAAAAGUGGCAAACUACUACGGGAACGAAGAGAAUGUUGGCUUUCGUUUCAAUGGUUACUAAACGAGUGCUCAUGCUGGUUAAAAAAGCGGAGCCGAGCGCGUUAGUAAGCGGAAUAGACUGUUUUAAAUAUUCGGGACAUGAGGACUUAGUCGAAUCGAAGAAGCAAAAUUUGUUGAAGUAAAUUGAACACAGUCUCGAAAGCCGAAACGAAAACAGCAAAGAAACAAAAAAAAAGCAAAAGUAAACGCCUCUCUCGCUCGGUCACAGCGAACCGAACUAUGGAGCAAUGCAAUAAUAACGAUCGUCCCUGUGUGAUUAGUAGCGGGAGUUUUUUCCCGCACGGGGCGACAUCGUCGCCCAACCAUAACGGCGGCGGCAACGGCGGCAUUGGCCACAACAAGCAAAAGCAGCAUCAGCAUCAGCACCCGCACCAUUCGUCACUGCAGCACUCCCCGCCACCAAUCAGCCGGCAUCUGACGCAGAAGAAUGAUCCGAACCUGCACAGUCCGACCGAUCAGUCCUCGCUCGGGGAGAUCGAGGUGAUUCUGGUGCAGCAGCACAAGCAGGACGCCCUGUCGGUGAUCAUCCAUCCGCAGGAGGGCAUGCAGCAGAUCAACAUGUGCUUGAGCGGCUCCGGCAAUCCCGGCUCGGUGGACUCGAUCAUGUCGUCGGACUUCCAAACCCUGUCGCCGAUGCACGACCGUGAUUCACCCGUAAGCAUCAGUGCGAAUACGUCGUACGCGACGCUAACGCCACUGCAGCCGCUGCCACCCAUUUCGACCAUGUCGGAUAAGUUCGCCUACUCAAUAGGGGGAAACAUCUGUGAGGCAUUCCCCGGGAUGAACAACAGUUCGGUUGGGGUAAAUAUCGAGAUCAACUCCUGCUACAAUCUGGAGAAACUUGGAGUAAUCCAUUCGCCAGUGCACAUCAACACGGUGCAGGAACUGUCCCCGACGGACGUUCACCACGCGUUGGACAAGAACCACGUCCUGAAGGAUCCCAAACUGGACCACCACCUGACGGGUAAGGAUGUGGACGUGGUGGACGGGAAGAACGAGUGUAUCCUGGUACGUGCCUCUCCGAUUCCUUCGAAUCUCAGCUCAGUAGACGAUCGCUUUCUGACGUCGGCGGCGAAGCCGGAUCUUGGCCGUCAGAAGGAUGACACCGACCAGUUCACCAGUACAGUGCAAUAUCUGGAUCAGCCGAGCGACUCGGAUGUGAUCCACGGGGGUGUUGUUGGGGGCGUAGGUGGACCCGGCGGGGCCGGUUCCGGUGUCAAGGACCACCACUCGGGCGUGUUUCUCAACAAGUCUUUCAGUUCAAAAGCAAACAUAAGCGACCUUAAUCUGUGUAAAGAAAUUGUUAUAGAUGAUGUUUACGAGGAGUCAGAGCUGGAGGAGAAAAAGCUGGAAGACUCGCUUACUGGGGGUGGGGGGCAUCAUUCGCUGUCGAACGGGGGUGGCAAGAUGGGUGACGUUGGCUGCAUGAACGGUGGCGAUGUCGAGGAGAUCAACACCAAGGAGCUGGCGCAUCGGAUCAGCUCGGAGCUGAAACGCUACAGCAUCCCGCAGGCCAUCUUUGCGCAGCGCGUUCUGUGCCGAUCGCAGGGCACACUGUCCGAUCUGCUGCGGAACCCGAAGCCAUGGUCCAAGCUCAAGUCCGGCCGGGAAACGUUCCGGCGCAUGUACAAAUGGAUUCAGGAGCCCGAGUACCAGCGGAUGUCCGCGCUACGGCUGGCAGCGACCCAAUCGGCGAAACCAGUGAAUGCAAAGAAACACGAGGAACCGGAACCGAACGUCAUGAUGGGACACACGAAGAAACCUCGGCUGGUCUUUACCGAUCUGCAGAGAAGGACGCUUCAGGCGAUAUUCAAAGAAACUAAGAGACCUUCGAAGGAGAUGCAGGUGACGAUCGCCCGGCAGCUGGGCCUGGAACCGACGACGGUGGGAAACUUCUUCAUGAACGCCCGGCGCCGCUCGAUGGACAAGUGGAAGGAUGACGCGAUGAAGGCGGCGGCGGCAGCCGCUCGCAACAACGGUGGCAGUGGGGGCAGCGGUAGCAGUGGUCUCGGUCUCGGCAUGCUCGGCGGCGGUGGCAGCAACAGCAGUAGCAACGAUAACCUUAUCCUGGAGCACCUGAAAGAUGACUCGUCGGACGAAGCGCUCGGCUACGACGGUUCGUUCGCGUCCGACGGCGGUCCAAUGGAACAUAACUAUCAGCAGCACGUUCUUAACUAAUGAUUAAUUUAAAUUAUUUAAAGCAAGCUAGUAGAAUAGACAAGCAAGUGGUAAAAAAGACACACAAAGCAGUCUCAUAUAGAACGAAAAACGGGGGAGCAGAUUUAAAUUAAUUCAAACACACACACGCAAAAAAAAAGUUUAAGGAAAUGCAAGCGCUAGAUAAAUAAAAAACACAACAAUAUGAGAAACAAAGAAGAAGAAGAAAAACAAUACACACACGCAUAUAGUAGGAUUAAUCAGAGUACUAAAGGAACAAACAAAAGUAAAAUGAAACCAAAAAAAAAAUCGUAGGUGUGUGGCUAUUCACGACAGCUUGUGAGAAACAGAAAAAAAGAAAAUUAAACAAAAAAACCAGAUCUAGUCGGUAAGCAUUAGUAGGUUUUCUUUGCAUUUUAAACCAAAUUUACUUUAAUUUAAAUUAUUAUAACUGAAAUCAAGUAAGGCAAAAACAAAAAUCUAGUCUGUUCUUUCGAAAAAAAAAAGUAAAAUUUAAGUACUAAGACAAAACACUGUACAUGUACUGUAAAGUUGAAAUCUAUCAUUAAAUGAUUUGAGAAAAACAGAAAUAGUAGAAUGAA